AUGGCAUCUCUUCCUCCGUUCAUCCUCAAUGGCUGGCGUCUCCAACAUGGAGAAGAAGGACGAGCCAAGGCCGCUGAACAACUCAAGGAAUUCACCACCUCGUCGCUGGCCGAGACCUUCAUGACCUUCCAGCUUGACAAGCACUUUGCCAAUCCAGAUCGAAGCGUCUCCGCUCCAUCCCUGGCAUCUAUUGCCGUGGCAAAGGUACUAGAGGCCCUCGAGAACUCCGGUGAUCUUGCAACCGAUGUGAAGACCAUUACGGAGAGCUUGAGCUCAACCACUUUACGCCAGCUGCUCAAUGACCCUAGGACUCCCUACCAGUUACUGAGAACCUUUCUCACUUUGGCUCAGACACUGGCAGCAAAAGAUCGACGAUUUGUGGAUGUUGAUGAAGCUGUCCUUCGAAACGAGCAUUACAUGAGGUCUCGAGACAACAAUGAAGAUGGCAGGUAUCUUGUCUCUCUGGAAGAUCUUUCUAAAAUACUCUCCAAAGACUCUCAGAACAGUCGUCCUCUUUCAUUCGCACGCAAAGAUCCUCCCAAAGGUGGCCUAGAAAUCUUGGACGAGCUGCGUAAGAGAGAGUUGACCAUUCAACCCAGCAGCGCAUCUUUCUGCAAGGUGUUUGAGCGAAUUACUCAUGGUAUCUUACGUGGACUUGAUUGGAGCAAUGUUCUUGUUGCAGGUGGCAUGGCCCUUACAACUUUGCUGCACACCGAUCCAACCAAGGACGAUGACAGAGCAGUAAGAGAUCCUGAUAUAGAUCUUUAUAUCUACGGGCUCGGUCCUCAAGAUGCCAAUCGAAAGGUUGGAGAGAUCCACGACACAUGGGUCCGCAGCCUUCCGGCAACUGCGCAGGCGAGGCUCGUCGUGAAGAACGCUAGAACCAUCAAUCUCCUAUCGAGCUAUCCCCAUCGCCGUAUCCAAAUCAUUUUGAAACUACUACCUUCUAUUACAGAUGUCCUUCUAAACUUUGACUUGGAUGCCUGCGCCGUCGGGUUCGAUGGAUCCCGUGUCUUGAUGCUGCCACGGUGUGCACGAGCGAUUGAAACCGGCUACUCGGUGUUCACUAUGGACCUUGUCUGGGGACACCACCUUAGCCAUCGCAGGGCGUCACAGGACAGUCGUAUCUUCAAGUACGCUGAUCGUGGAUUUGGACUGCGAAUAUUGCCUUCCUAUGCUCGAUCAUUAGAGGAGGACAAUCUAGAGGCUGCCGUCUUCAAGAAAUGUCGGGCGCCAGCCUCUGCCCACAAAAAGAUUGAUGAUGAAGACGAUGAAGCAUGGACUCAAGGGACAUGGCCUUGGUCUCAACGGGAUCGAAAACCUCAUGGACGUUUCGAACCUGGACUGAAAACCUUGAAGCGAAUCGCAUAUUUGGGACAAGAUUUCAUUCAUCGGUUCUACUUUGGAGCAACGCCUCUUGCCAUCUCCCAGGAACGCUAUGAUAGACAGAGGGAUUUAGGUGAUCCAAACAAGGCAGGCGCUGAGCAUGUCAUCAACCAAGACAGAGAAGACGAGUGGCUUGAGGCGUUCAAUCAGACCGAUCUUGAUAAUCGGGUCGUUAGAGAGGCCAAUGACCGUCGAAAGGCACUCGGCGAGCCGUCGGAGGGGCCUCUUAUAAGACUAAUCGAUCUUGACACACAGGAAAUGCAUCGAGGAUUACCGGACGGCCGAAGAGGGCUUGGGAACUUCGAGAUCUUUAUGAGACACUGUGAGGCCUGGAGAUUGCAUGUUCGUGGGGAGGCUACUCUAGAUGCCCGAAAUUCUCAAACCAGUAUGGCAUACGAUCCGGAAACGUACGAUGAUAUUCCCUCUUAUGUGUGGGAUGAGACUUUCAGGAUUGACGACUUUGAGAGCACGAUUGAGUCCUAUAAUGAUUCUCUUUGGGCUAAUGUCCAAACGGCCAUUUGCGGAAAGCUGGGUAUUCCCACUAGAAGAAAUGGAUAUCGUGACUAUUCUACUCGGCGGAUCCGGCGUCAAGUUUGCUCUCGCGAUCUCGCAACCGUUCAGGAGAAGCAAAUUACGAUUCCAGUCAUGGUGCCUUGGGCGCUGGAAGACUAUCUCCUCUCGACAUUGCCACAACAGUAUGGGGAUAUCCCCCUACAUUUUACCGACUUCAAGCCACUCAUACCCGUCCACGACGCCUCCAAAUACGAUCCAUCUACCGCGAUCCUUCCAUCUUUGCAGGAAACUGCCUCCGAGAGUGGGAAUCUCAGGUAUUGGGUUAUUACCAACGAGAGCAUGUGGGCGCAGCAACAUCGAGUUUUAGACGAGAUAGCCGAGCUGAUGUGGUCGCUUUUCCACUGGUUCAACCAAGUCUCGGCCACGGAUGGUAUGAUGGGCACUGGUGGCACCACGAGGAUUCGUACCGACAGAUCAGCGUGCAGAUGGCACCUUGCCCGAUCGUUCAGACGCCGCAUAGUUCUUCCUGAAGUGUCAGACCACUCCUCUGUCAACAUGAAAACUGGUCUACCUUCGCUUCGGGAAACCCUUCUUUUCAGGCCGUGGGCCUUCGCAAGCUCGAUCACGCCAGACAGACAUUUCAGUGAUCAAGACGGGGACCGAGGCCAUGUGUUGUUCAAUGACGCAUGGGUUCUAUACCCAUUUCCUGACGACUUGUUCUGGCACGCAUCCGAUGAAGGUACCUGGGAUGACGAGGGGAUUCCCCCUUGGACUGACCCGUCGGCAGGGAGUGUGGCGGUGGAUUGA